CAUUUUUGCUAAAUAAAUACUACUACUUCCCGUCAAACAUGUCCGAGUUCGAUAUCGCUGCCGUGCGCAAAAAAUUCCCCGCUCUGGACCAGGAGCAGGUCUAUUUUGACAACGCUGGUGGAAGCCAAACCUUGGGCGAUGUCAUCACAUCCAUCUCGAACUAUCUCUCGAACAGAAAUGUUCAGCUCGGCGCGUCGUACAAAGUUGGGAGAGAGUCCACUGAGUACUAUACCACAGGCUGUAAUGCAGGAGCCAAGUACAUAAACGCAGAACCGGACGAGGUUGUCAUUGGGCCGUCGACAACCCAACUCUUCCGCAACCUCUCUCAAGCCAUCAAGUUCUCCCCUGGCGAUGAGUUGGUUGUUUCAAAGUUUGACCAUGAGGCCAACAUUGCAUCCUGGGUUUCAAUUGCCGAGCGCCAAAACCUUACCUUGAAGUGGUGGACCUCAGCACCAACCACCAACCCCAAGCUCGACCCUGAGAGCCUCAAGGGACUGCUCUCUCCUCGCACAAAGCUCGUCACGUGCACUCAGGCAUCCAACAUUCUCGGGACUAUCCACGAUAUCAAGGCAAUCGCUCAGGUGGUCCAUUCCAUUCCCGGCGCCAUGCUCUGCGUGGAUAGCGUGGCCUAUGCUCCACACCGUCGGAUCGACGUGAAGGACCUCGGUGUGGAUUUCCUCAGCUUCUCAUGGUACAAGGUGUACGGUCCGCACAUAGCGAUGCUGUAUGGCAGCCGUGCCGCGCAGCAGCAGCUGACAUCGCUGGGCCAUUACUUCAACCCGUCGACUACACUGGAGAACAAGCUUGGACUGGCGGCAGCAAACUACGAACUCACCCAGAGCCUCCCUGCCGUUGUCCGGUACCUAGGUGGCGACGAGCCAGGAAAGACGUCGAAUGGUAUUGUAGCUCAUGAGGCGAAGUUGCAGAAGAUCCUUCUGGACUACCUCGCCUCGAAGCCUGACAUUUUCACCGUAUACGGUGAUCCUGAGUCAGACCCGGCCAGAAGGGUUCCAACGGUGAGUUUCGGGGUAAAGGGAAAGGGGUCGCGGGAGGUCGUCGAGAGCGUCGAAAAGGUGUCAAACUUUGGAUUCCGCUGGGGUCAUUUCUACUCGAAGAGGUUGGUGGAUGAAGUUCUGCAGCUCGGUGAUGAGGGUGUCAUCCGCGUUAGCAUGGUGCAUUACAACACAGAGGGAGAAAUCAGAUCGUUUGUUGAGACAUUGGAUCGUGUUCUGUUCCGCUAGGAGAAGCGGAGAGAGCUCGCAUCCGAUGCCGGCAACCGAUGGGCUCCUGCAUAUGUAUGUCUCACUCUCAAUUGAAGCGAUUGCCUCUUCCGG